AUGCCGACCUCCUCGAGCGUCUCCGCCUCGUCCAUCGUCGCUGGCACCUUAUGCGGCUACCACACGCUCAAGAUCGUCGGCUACUCGCACACCAAGGAUGUCCCUAAUGGCAAGUGGAUCGACUCUUGCCCGUUCCGGGUGGGAGGCCGCACAUGGCAUGUGCGCUACUAUCCCAACGGAGAAGACUCCAAGAACAUCGAUUGCAUAUCCUUCUUUCUCAAACUUGAUGGUACCCUUGCUGAAGGUGAGACCGUGAAGGCAGGAUUUAAGUUCAGCCUACUCGACCAAGAUGGGGAGCCAGUGCCGUCAUAUACAACCUCUGCCGAGACAAGAGACUUCUCCGUGCAUCCUAAAACUUGGGGAUUUAACAGCCAGUGCCGCGCGCUGGAGAAUACACCCAUCGUGGUGCCACCGUCUGACAUGCAUCGGGACUUCGGGGAUCUCCUCUCGAGCAAGGCAAUCGUCGACGUCGAAUUCCUAGUCGGCGGGGAGACAUUCUCAGCGCACCGGUCAGUGCUUGCUGCGCGGUCUCCGGUCUUCCGAGCUGAGUUCCUUAGCCCGAUGAAGGAGAGCACAGCAACAGGUCCCAUACGUAUAGAUGACAUGGAGGCACAAGUCUUCAAAGCUCUUCUUACUUUCAUGUACACGGAUGCACUGCCUGAUAUGGACCAACAAGAAGAGUAUGCCAUGACUCAACAUCUGCUUGUUGCGGCAGACAGAUACGGCUUGGACAGGCUGAAGCUGAUUUGUGAAGAUAAGUUAAGCAGCAGUAUCGACACGAGUUCCGUCGCGGCCAUCUUGGCAUUGGCGGAUCAGCACAACUGUUCUGAGCUUAAGGAGGCAUGCUUGGCGUUCCUUCGAGAACCGACCAAUCUAGACGAGGCCAUAGAGUCUCAAGGUUUCGAGUUAUUAACCAAGACCUCCCCUGGUGUUAUUAAGGAACUCCUCAAGUCCCAGGUUAUUCCCAGUUCACUUGGGAAAAGGAAAUCAAGGGCAUGA